GGUUGCUAUUUCUCCUUACCAAUCGACUUCCCCGAGCUGAAAGACGUGGCACAACCUCCGUUCCGCAUCCGGUUAGGGACCGAGCACGGAAAUCCCACGAUAAGAGCUGCAGGGGUCGAUUACGCACUGUCGACUUCUAGAAACCUGCUUGUCCUGAAUAAAUACCCUCUGCUGGGACCUUCACCGUCGCCAGGAAUGCCAAGACGAAGUCUUCGAAGGAGGGAUCCCUUUGUUUAAGCUUCAACGCCGUUCCAAGACCUGACUUUGGUGGUUGACGAGAGAUCAUGCGCCCACCUUCCUUUUUCGGCACGUUGGGGCUUUGCGGCAGCGUAGUCGCGACCACGAGCAGUCCGUCAGUUGUUGACACGAAGCACAAUGUCACGUACAAUGGUCUGAAUCGCAACGGCGUCGAGGCCUUCCUAAGCAUCCCUUAUGGCCAAGAUACGAGCGGCGCGAAUCGGUUUAAACCGCCUCAGGCUUUCGUCCCCAAGCGAGGGAGCACCAUAAACGCACAAGCCUAUGGCCCGGCUUGCCCACAACCACUAGGAGAAGGCUUCCCUCCUCUCACUUUGACUAAUGUCACCGCGAUCUCGGAAGAUUGCCUUCACCUGAAUGUUAUAAGACCCCUUAACGUAACCUCAAAAAGUCGAUUGCCCGUCUUAGUCUAUAUCUACGGCGGCAGCUUCUGGACCGGCCAGAACAGCGAGCUUGCGACUCAACCAGAUGGCAUGGUUCUUGAGUCCGUCGAAAAUGGGCUACCGAUCAUCCAUGUGGCUAUGAAUUAUCGUCUCGGGGUUUGGGGAUUCGCAAAGUCCGAUGCCUUGAAAUCCGAAGGGUCGGAGAACGCCGCUCUAAGAGAUCAGCGCCUUGCCAUUGAGUGGGUUCGCGACAACAUCGCGAGCUUCGGCGGCGACCCGUCUAAAAUCACCAUCUCCGGGCAAUCGUCCGGUGGCCUCGCCGUCGGCAUGCAGAUAAUGGCCUAUGGCGGUAGCAAGCCCGCGCCCUUCCAGCGCGGGAUCUGCGAGAGCCAAGCCCUCGAGCCCGGGAUCACGGGGAAUUACACGCUCAACGCCAUGCAAGCCGUCGCCAACUACGUAGGCUGCAACAGCACCUCGCUCCACUCCGCCGCAACCGUCGCGUGCCUGCGCAACCUGUCCAUGGAGACGCUUGAGGCCGCCGAGGAAGCCACGUACUCGGACGCCAUCUCAUACAACAUCGGAGAUAUCUGGCUGCCGAGCGUGGACGGCGACUUCCUACCUCUCGCGCCGUCGCAGCUGAUCGCGCAGCACAAGUUCGCCGCCGUCGACGUCAUGAUGGGGUGGUGCCAGGACGACGUCGCGCUCUUCACCGACACCACGAUCGCGAGCGCCGCCGAGACCCGCGCCUUCCUGUCGUCGUACCUACCAGGUCUAUCGAACGCCAGCCUCGACGGCCUGCUCGCGCUGUACCCGUCUUCCGAGUUCGCGAACAACACGGACAACACGUUAAGCGCCGAGUUCUUCCGCACCGCCCGCGUCUUCCGCGACGUCCUCAUGACCUGCGAGCCCGUGCACUACGGCGCCGCGCUCGCGGCCGCGGGAAAUGAUGUUUAUUUAUACGAGUGGAACCAAACCAUCCUCGACCCCAUCCUCGCGUACCUAUACGAUGCGCCGCCCCUGGGCGUCGUCCACACCUCCGAGUUCGCGUACGUCUUCGGCAACAUCAGCCACUGGGACACGCAGGGCUACCCGUACGCGCCGACCCCCUCGGACUACGCGCUCGUGAAGCGCGGCUCGCGGACCUGGUCCACGUUCGCGAGCCUCGGCGUCCCCGGGCUCAAGGGCAAGGAUACGUUCCAAGGGUUCGGGACGAGUUUCCCGAAGGGCGGCGCGAGCGCGAAGAACGGGUCGUUUUCCGUGUUUGUGGCGGGUGGGCCUGAGGAAGGGUUCUCGGCUGUGGAUGGUCCUGGCGCGAAGGCCGUGGUUGCGGAGCAGAAGCUGAGGGAGCGGUGCGCGUAUAUUAACUCGGCGGAGUUUAUUGCGCAGGUUAGGUAUUGAGUGGGGGUUUGGUAGGUUGGUUGGGU